AUGGGAGAACACAGUCCUGUCCCCGAAGCCCUCGUGACAGGACGAGAUGGCGGCAGUAGAGCGUCCCUCCUCCACGGGAGUUUCUACGGCUGCCCCACCAGCAACCGCUGGAAACAGGGAAACCAGGACGCGCUGGUGCUCUCCCGGGCCACCAGAAUCACCGGCAAGGUUGAAAACUGCAGGCGUUCAGAAGGCGCGGGAUCAGCCACACCGGCGGAAAAGCAUACAGCAGCUGGGGAGGCCAAAGGGGAUCCGUCUCUGCCCUGCCGAACCCCCGGCAAGACGAAGCCCAUGUCACAGAUGAUGCACACCCAUCCUGGAACCUCCCUGUCUAGAAUCUCUUCUUCUGCUGUUGUGGACAGCAGCACUGAACGUCUGAUGCAGGACAAACAGUACACCCAAAGCAGCCUACUCUGUGACACGGACUUUUCCUAUGGGUCAGAUCCACUCUCUCCCAGCACCUUACCACAAAACUACGCCACAACUGCUAGUGCCAGCAGCAGGGACAGCCAGCUGGACAGCCUGAUGACGCAGCACUCUGAUGUGGUGAGGAAGAAGGAGGUGUUCCUGGACAACCUGAGGCAGAAGUAUCCUCACCAUGCUGCCAUUAUCAUGGGACACCAGGACCGCAUGAGGGAACAGAAGAAAAAUCCCUGGCCCUCUGAAAGCCCAUCCUGUGCAGGCGGACUGGACUUGGCGGGACAGCAGGACCCCCUGGCUUCUGCGGCCAUGUCUGAUGGAGAGGUGCUGCCCCCCACAGUCCCCUUUACAAGGGGCUGUAAAGCCAGAGCAAGUCUACCUGUGGGGUGGUCGAGUGGUCAGACAAGAGAGAGGUUGCCUGGUGUGUUAUACCUGCAGUACGGGGAGGAGACGAAGCAGGUCAGGAUGCCUGCUGAGAUCAGCAGUCAGGACGCUCUGCAGGCUCUGUUUGUCACUGCCUUCCCCCAUCAGCUCACCAUAAAGAUGCUGCAGUCUCCCAACAUGGCCAUCUACAUCAAAGACACCAGCCGCAACGUCUACUACCACCUGGAGGACAUCAGAAACAUCACAUCCCACUCCUGUCUCAAGGUUUAUCAUAAAGACCCAACACAUGUGUUCAAACGCUAUGCCAGGCCUGCCAACACAGAGAUCUCCAAAGAGGUGUUGUAUGGCAAUCACAGUCCAGUCCCCACCCUGUCUUCUUCCAGCCGUGGCACCCUGCACAGCCUGCAGGGCUCCAUGUCCCCACCCAUGGUCCGGUCCAUGCCCUCCUCUCCCUCCAGGAUGGCGUAUGGUGGGGGGAAUACAGGGAGGGGGGCAGGGCUGGUGGAUCCAGGAAGUGCCACCUUACCAAGGGAACGCCUGUCAGGUGCGGUGCGAUCCAGCGCUCUCUGCACCAACAGCAGUGCCAUACUGGAGAGGAGAGAUGUGAAGCCUGAUGAGGAUGCUGGCAGCAGUAAAAGCAUGGCCCUGGUGGUGCGUGGGGAAGGAGGACCACAUUACCCAGACUCCUACUGCUCUACCCUGCAGGAUGGAGGCGGUCGUCUCAGCAUCGUCUCCUCCCAAUGCAGCGCUCCCCCCUCUCUCACCGCAGACAUGGUGGACGCUGGGGUCACAGGGAUCCCAGGGGGGCUGCAGCAGUACCGGGCCUCCAUUAAACCUCUGACAGGCUAUGGAGAGAGUAUGGAGCACCAGACCCGCUCCCUCCACAGGCAGAUGAGCAGGAAGUAUGGAGAAAGCCAGCUUCCUCCGCUGGGAACCAAAACACCGCCCUCUUCCCCUCACAGAGUCAGUGAAGUCAGGAUGGUUGAUGGGCAGAUAAUUGGAGGGGUGGGCCUAGUGCCUCCAGAGAGGAUGUCACCGAUUCGCCGGUCCCUGCGGUGGGACAGUAACGGGGCCACAGUGGAGGUUGUAAACAGAAGCAGAACAAGUUGCUCGUCGUCCUCCACCUCGUCUGUUUUUGUGGACAGCCCUCUGGGCCAACCUGAGAGACUCUUUGAGGGUCACGUGAGUGCCAGCAAUGCCCAAAGUGAGAGAAUGAAAGCCAUGGAGGAGCAGAUAGCCAGUCUAGCAGGUCUGGUGCACCAUGCUCUCUCUAUGGGACCAGAUCUUCCAGGAGUCAAGGAGGCUGUCAGUGAAACUGCUGGACUCAAACUCUUCCUCAACAGACCUGGAGUGUCUGCUGAGCCUCAGAACCCCACUGCUUUGAUUGAUGCCAUCAGCCCCGCCCCUCUGGCUCUACAGGCCCCACCCUCUGGCAGCGGCCUGCGGCCAAGCUUGGUGUUGGCAAAGAGAAAGGUGUGCGAGCUGCGACUCCAACUCAACCAGCUCAGACUCUUACAGCUGUCAAACCAGGAGAGUGUGAGCUCGAUGCUGCGGAUGGCAGGUCAGGAGCUGGUGGUGUUGAUGUGCAGUCAGCUGGCUCAGUCUGAGGAGGCAGCGUACAGACGGAGAGCUGCGAUGGAGGAGGAGAGGAUCCACUACCUGGCUACAGAGGAGAAGAUACUCACACAGCUCAGUGAACUGGAAUACUAUGUGGAACGUUUGCAAAGAAGCUCCACCUCUACUCCCGGACAGCUGUCAAUCACUCUGAGAGACGUGGAGGAGGGAGCAAUCAACCUGCGAAGGGUUGGGGAAGCUCUGGCCAUCCUUAAAGGUGAGUUUCCAGAGCUGCAGGUCAAGAUGCGCUCAGUGCUGAGGCUGGAAGUGGAAGCGGUGCGUUUCCUAAAGGAGGAGCCUCAUAAGAUGGACUCCAUGUUAAAGAGGGUUAGAGCCCUGACUGAGACCCUCAGUUCGCUCCACAGGUGCGUGUCAGAGUCAACCCCCCAAGCAAGAUCAGCCCAGGUGGAGCCUUUAAAGGUCCUGGAAGCAGAGCAGGGACCCCUGAAGGCCAAGAGCCCCCAGAGCUCCCCCAAACCACAGCCUCGAUCCUCGGUCAGACCCCCUUUGCCCCUGGCCCCUCUCUCUGGGAGUCAGGCUGACGUUUGCCUGGGGGGCUCAGCCUCCCCCAUCAUGACCCGCCCAAUGAAGAGUGCAGCAGCCACAGUAAACCACCCUUCCCACCACCACCCAAGCCCCCCACUCACCCCCACCCACGGACGAGACUCACCCACUGUGGCCAAGGUGAGUCCUCGCAGCAGAGAGGGCAGCCCGGCCCUGCAGAAGAGGCCAGGCCCUCUGCAGUCUGAUGGAACCACGAAGCCUGCACCUGCACCAACACAGGAGAGCGCCAUAAAACACACAGAGACACACACUGAGACAUCAGAGAGACAAACUCCGGAGAGCAGACUGAGUGGAGAAACCAGCAGUAUGGACCAGCCCAGCACCAGCCAAGCCAACCAGUCGGCCAGCUCCAACUCUAGUCAGCCUCCAUCCCCCAACACCAACACAGAAUCUGACCAGGUCCUCCAGGAGGCCCAGGCCAGCAUGAUGAAGACCAUCCCUGUGCUGAACGUAUCAGAGACCAGAGAGGGUCACUGUAAUUCAGCCUCUGGAGAGAUCACUUCUGCUGCAACAAAGUCAGAGCCAAACGGACCUCUGGAACUGACAUCACAAGCCUCAGUGGAGCCUGAUGCCCAGGAAGACACACCUCCCAAGCUGACUGAGGGGGCGGACUCCACCCAGUUAAAACCCCUGGACACAGCAUCCGCUGUGGAGUCAUCUCCGUCAGCUGCUCCAUCAGCUGCUCCAUCAGCUCCACCCUCAUCUUCUCACAGCAUAGAGCGCAGCAGCCGGCCACAGAUGGAGAAACCCCGCCGCUCCAGUGUGGACAAGGAGAUGAAGCAGAGUCCAGAGAGGGCCCACAAGUCCCCACCUCCUCCUCCUCCACGAAGGUUCCAUUGUGUAAGUUCAGGUGUUACCACAGGAAGGUCAGGAGAGGUGAUUUUCACCAGCAGGAAAGAGCCAGUUGCAGCUCAGGAUGAGGGUGAGAAAGAGCCGCCUGUGGUUUCUCAGCCAAAACCCCCAAGACAGGCAUCAGAAGUCAAACCCAAACCCCAGAUAUGUGCUCCUGCACCUCUGGCUGGUUACUCCUCCACCCUUGCUACAGCCUCAGCACACAGGGAGGACGAGGAGGAAGAGGAGGAAGAGGAGGAGGACAACAAAUUCAUGAAAGAGCUGCAGGUCUUUCAGAAAUGCACUAUGAGGGAUUUAGAGAGCAAAGGUGUGGUUGAACUCUCUGCCUCUGAGCUCCAGAACAGAGAGGAGGCUAAGGUGACAACUGAAUUGUCAAAUAAGAUUGAUUUGCUGGGUGGAAAUAAGCAAUGGAAAAGGGAGGUGAAGGCAUUUCCAACAUCACAGGUGGCCAAUCAGAGUCCCUCUGAGUUAACACCAUUGGACCACCAGUCAGCCCCUCAAGAAGGAAUGCCAGAUGGCUGCCCUCAUAAACUCAUAACAGCAGUUGGAGUGGAAGAACACAGUGAAGACAGUGUAAGUCCUGAUGAGGAGAAGGACGAAGAGGAGAAGGUGGUUAAACAGGUGCCUUCCUUAAAUUAUGCAACAGUAGAGAAGGUGGAGGUACCCCCACCUGUAGCUCUACAAUAUGUUCAGACUAUCCAGAAGAAUGAGGAGGGGCCAACACCAACCCAAAAGAAAGCAGAGAAGAUUGAUGGCCUUACAAACAGGGCUUCACAAAAAGAAAAUGAUCUUACUGUGAACAUACGUGGUCAGAUUGACAGGGAGGUUGUUGGACAGGUGUGUUCCCCAACCACAGCAGAAAAGAAGUUAACAACAAUUUUUACUCUGCAAAAAGAAAACAUUCAAGAAACUGACAUCACAAGUCCUGACCAAACUAAUGAAAACAUUGUCCAAGAGGUACCAGCUGAGAAGAAGUCAAAUUUGACGUUAGUACAACAAGGAAACACCCCAGAGCGUGACUGCUCGAUAAAGUUCCUGCAAGAUAAGUCCCUGAGCUCAGAUCAGGAGUGUGUAGCUUCUACUUCAGUCCUAAAAUUUACCCCCCUUUCACCCCACUUGACUUACAGCCGCAGCAGCAAGCAGCAGAACCAGGAGGCAACAGUGCAGCAAUCCAGGAACCAAUCACAAUACUCAGAAGAAGGGGGGAGCCUAAGCCCCAAUAUUUGGGAAGAUGAGGGACCUCCUCCUCCACCACCUCCAACUGUUAAAAUCAGCCUUAGAAUCUCUAAGAUGAGAGGCAGGACACAGUCCAAAGACCUCGCCAAAACGAGUGGCUGUGAUGGACAGACUGUAUCUGGGGACAGCACUGGUGAACCCACAUAUCUGGCAUAUUCCAACCGAGGUUUGGAGGACAGUAGUGACUUUGAAAAACCUGUUAUCCUUAUCUUGAAUGAGCCUAUGGACAUUCAGUUGGCCUACAAGCGUCUUUCUACUAUCUUUGAAAGUGAGGAAUGUCUUGAUGGAAUUCUCUCUCCAGAAGAUGUUGUGGAUGAAGAGGAGACAAAGCUGGAAGACGAGAAAGAGGAUGUGAGAAACAUUUGUAUCACUGAAAUAAAUACAGGCUUAGGCUUUAAAGACAUCCCAGGAAAUGGUCAGAAUUCUCUGCAGCAUCAAAGACCUUCAGCAGAGAAUGGCUCAAUUCUUGAAAGCCAAGACCAGGAUCAACCAGACUCUCUUACAAAGACAGAGCCCAAAAGGAAAUUCAAAUUCAAGUUCCCCAAAAACAAACUGGCUGCAAUUAGCCAGGCCAUUCGAACAGGGACGACCAAAACCGGAAAGAAGACUCUUGAGGUUGUUGUCUAUGAGAAAGAGGAGGAGAUAUCAUCAGACAGCAGGCCAGUGAAGGAGACCAAGAAGCAGACAAAGGAAUACAAAAGGUUUGAGAUCAACAGUACCAAACAAUUCAACUUGGGUGAAGGCAAUGCCUGUGACGGAGACAUCAGGGUCUCCUCUCCCAGUGAUACCAGACACCGAGAGAGUACAUUUGACUCUAUUGGCAGUCUAGAAGAGUCCAUCAAACAUUUGGAAAUCAGAGUCAACAGUGUAACUGCGCCUUCUCCCUCAUCAUCUGCUGUGUCUUCAGCUCCUGAGUCCCCUGGUUGUUCCAAAGGCUCCAUUGACAGAGCUCAGAUUAAAAGCAAAGUGAAACGGGAAAGGGAGAGAAGCCCAUCCAAGAGGAAAGCCCCUCAGAUCCUCAAGGGCCCAAAUCCAACUCAGAGUAAGAGGGCCAAACCACAGCCUCCACAUGACACAGGGAAAUCUUCCACCAAGAAACAGACCUCCAGCAGCAGCUCUAGCUGUUCCGCUCAGCAAUCCCACUCCAAGUCUCGACACGCAGCCUCCUCUGGCUCUCUAGAGAAGACACCUCGGAGCCAGCAGCAGGCCAGCCAGCCACAUCUUGUCAUCAUCCCACGCUAACGUCAGCGCGGCCCACCACUGGCCUCGCAGCAGCAGCGAACACCAGCACCACCUCGUCCUCGCCUCCACCUCCACCUCCCAACACAGUUACUACUCUUCAUCCUCCUACUCUUCAUCCUCACCCUCCUCCUCCUCCCUGUCCCCCACCUCUUCUUCCUCUUCUCCUCCCUCCCCGUCCUCCUCCCUCCUCCCUACCAUGGGAAGCCACGUGGCGAGGAGUGUCCGAACGCCAGCGUCCAAUCCCAGCUCUCCAGGCCGCAGCAAGAAACGCACCGGAAGCCAAGCUGGCCGAGUUCUGCGCAGCUUAAAGGACGCGGCGUGAUGUCUGCAUGAAAAAACACGUGUUCCUACAGCAAUAUUGUGUGAUGUUUAUCUAUAGAUAGUUGGAUUGCAUGUGCAUAAAGAUCAGGCUUGUAAAACCCUUUUAAAAAAACUAUUUGGGCCUCAUAUGGGUUUUUUAAAGAUAUUUUUUGGGCAUUUUCACCUUUAUUGGAGAGAUAGGAAAGUGGAUAGAAGCAGGAAAUGAGGGGCAACACGCAGCAAACGGCCACAGGUCGGAUUUGAACCCCAGUUUACUUGGGAAGACACUGGAAUACAUUCCGAUUUUUAAAAAAGUGCUCAUGCCCAUUAUACCAUUUCAGGCCUUGCAGCCUCUCGUGUUUAAGCACUUACCAUGUGGCGUCAGCUAAAUUUGUGAGGAAUCAGGGCUUAGGCUUUAAGGGGGGAGAUCUGGAUCAGACCGGAGUCUGUGCACACCCACACAGUCCUGCUAGCGCUUAGCCUCAGUGUUGGCUGGGCUCUAGUCCUCCCCCCGCUAUAGCAGCAGAUAUCCAGGCUACUGGACUGCGACUUGUUCUCCUGUCAGGUCACAGAACAUCUUUUUCUGUGCUAUCGUUGAGUAGAAAAGCAUACAAAACUCCCCAGCCUCCAGUGCCAGCUCCAUAGAUCCAGUUCAUUAAGGCUAGUAUUAUUAUUGUAUUUACCUGCUUUAUCAUUUUUGUACAUAUUUCCCAGAAAGCCUUUCCACAACCUUUUUUCAGGGUGACAGAUCUUCCAGUGUUUCUCAAACCUGGUGGAUCCAGAGCUGCGGCAGAGACACCUUUAGAUGUGAGGUUUAGGAUAUCUGGACAUGGACCAGGCACUAAUAAGAAUAUAAGCUGAAUUUAGAAUACAUGGGUGAACAGAGUUUAUUUUUCAUGUGUGCUUUGAUUUAAAACAGUUGAAUAGAUUUCUAUGGAAAAAUAGGUUGAGAUGAUCAACAUGCACACUUUACCCAAAGACAAUCCUACACUGACCAAACUGUGCAAAGGUCAGAUCUGUCGGUGUGGAGUUUUUAUGUAGAUGAAGUAUAACCUAGAAAUGAUUAAACACACUGUAUGUAGCUGCUUUUAACAGAGCUGUUGUUUAUUGUGCUUUUGCAGAACCUUUUCUAUUUGUAGUGAGCUGUUUGAAGUGACAAAAAAGUGUGAAAAAGAAAGAAAUUGGUGUUUCACUGUCACAGACCCCUUCAGGCUAAAACCUGCUCUCAUUCUGGGAAAUGUUUUUGUCUGAGUCAGAUCAGAGGCUGAUCAUCAGGACAUUUUAGCUUUUCUUUGUCAAAACCCUUUCGUAGAUUAGCCACUUGUCGCACACGGGACAUGGCCAAGUCCUACGCCUUGUACAGCCGCCCUGUGGCGUUUAUUAAAACGCCGCACUUUGUUCACUGGAGGAAAAACACUCACAGUGAAGAUAAUCCAGGCUGGAAGGCCACUUCCUCCCAAGGUUUCUUGCAUACCAAAAACAUACAGAAGCCCUAAGGGCCCAUACAUUUAUUUACUCCAUUUCCUGGGAUAACACAUUCAUUUAACUUGUUUUCUCGAGAUCUUGAGUUAUUAUCUCAAAAUAACAAAUGUUUUCCCAAGAUAAUCCAUCCAUCCAUCAUCAACCGCUUAUCCUGACAUCGGGCGAAAGGCGGGGUACACCCUGGACAUGUCGCCAGUCCAUCGCAGUGCCUUCCCAAGAUAAUGACAUAAUUAAUUUGAGAUCUCGGGAAAACAAUAAUGAAUUAAAUGUAAUAGUCCGCUGAUAAAGCUGGAUCCUUGCUAACCAUCUUCUUAGAUGACACACACUAAUGUGCAUAUUAUCUGGAACAGCAGCUAUUUCAGCCACUGUCAGGCCUUGAUUGAAGAGAUGUGACACGGUAAUCAGUAUGCUCCUGCUCCUCUGACAUUGCUACACUGAAUGAUGUUUCCUGCAAACAUUUACACUAUUUCUCAAUUAACUAAUUAAUUAAUUCUUAAACACAUUUCUUUCAAUUAUGCCUUUUUUUUCUAACUCUAAACACAAAUCCACAACUUCUCACCCAGUUCCCCAAACAUCCUAUUUUCAGGUCAAAAUGAAGCUCUCCACUGAAAAACAUUCAAUCUAGCUGAAAAACCAAACUUUGCCCUCAGACACACACUACAACAGAUCAAACCAAAACAAUACUACAAAAGCUGAUUAUUAGUAAUGUUGCUGGUGGUUCCACCCUGAAUGAAAAGACUCAGGCCCUUUUUUCUAUCUAUUGAAGGUUCUGAUUGUGUGUUAUCAAUUAUGAGUGUUUGUGUUUCCACCUGGGUAGUUGUGUGCUAAUUGAGCUCUACCUGUACUGACUUGAGUGAACAAUAUUUAAUGUGUUUUCUCAAUGACCGCAGGAUGUAAGCAAUGAGAAAUGAAGGGAUUUGUGUGUAGAGUUUAGUGUGCUUUUUGAAAAAUGGAGUUAUGGUUUUGAAAUUUUAGUUGAAAAGCCUUAUAGUGUUUAAGCAACUGAGAAAAUCUGUAAUGUACUUGUAGUUUCAUUUUCUCGAGAUCUGAAGAAAAUUAGCCAGUUAUCUUGGUAAAAUAACUAUUUAAUAAUUAUUUUUGAGAUAAUGACAUAAAAACUUGACAAAACAAAUUAAAUUUACUCAUUAUGGGAAAACAGUAAAUAAAAUGUAUAAAUGUAUGGUCUCUUAGGGCUUCCGUAUUAAUGAAAGGUUAGUGGUGACACUAACUGCUUCUAAACCGUACGGAUCUGCAGAAUUAAGUGUCAGUAAGAGUGUUUCCAUGAUUCAUCUUCUCAUCUGACUCUGGGUUCUAUUUCUUAAAGUAUCAGUCUGUUUUUUUCCAUAAGGCAGCAACUUCAAUGUGUUUGGUUUGACAAUGUGAUUUUAUGCACACUGAACCUCUUUUAUUGUGUCGUGGGUAAAAAAUCUUUUGAAUGUUUAUUAUUCAAAGCUAAAGGCACCGUUUAAUAAAAGCCUUGACUUGUGUGCUCAUCAUGCUUUUCUUUUGUUGUUGCAUCUGAACCUGUGCAUGCCUUUCACACAUUCUGUCAGUUAGAAAGCUGUUUUCUCAUCUUGUGAGCUGUCGGCUCUGCAGUGUCCUGUGAGGUUGGAGAACUAAUAAAGGGCUUCCAGCAUAAAAUGUA